AUGAGUAAUGAGUCAAAGCCGAAGAAGAGCCUUGUGCUCAAUGCUUUCGUGGAGAUGUGCAGCGGGCACCAGAGCCCUGGUCUAUGGAGACACCCCGAAGAUGAGUCGUGGCGCUUCAACGAAGUAUCUCACUGGGUUGAGCUGGCAAAGUUACUAGAAGAUGCCAAAUUCCACGGCAUCUUCAUCGCUGACGUUCUUGGGGGAUACGACGUCUACCGCAACUCCUUAGAUCCGGCCAAGAUCUCAGGGGCUCAAUGGCCGGUAAAUGAGCCUUUCGCGGUUGUCGCUGCCAUGGCUGCGGCGACGAAGAGUAUCGGCUUCGGUGUCACAGCUUCCACUACAUACGAGCAGCCGUAUCAUUUUGCAAGGCGAUUAUCUACAGUCGAUCACUUAACUAAAGGACGGCUGGGCUGGAAUAUUGUCACAAGUUACCUCGACUCCGCCGCCAAAAACUUGGGCUACACCGAGCAACCAAAGCACGACGACCGCUACGCGCAAGCCGAAGAGUACGUCAAAGUAGUCUACAAGCUCCUCGAGUCCUCCUGGCGCGACGAUGCGGUGAAACUCGACCGCGAGAAGGGGAUCUACACGCAGCCGGACCUAGUGCGACCCAUCAACCACCGCGGCAAGUACUUCAGCGUCCCGGGGCCGCACAUCUGCCAGCCGAGCCCGCAGCGCACGCCGCUGAUCCUGCAGGCGGGCACGUCGCGCGCGGGCAAGCGGUUCGCGGCGCAGAACGCCGAGGCCAUCUUCGUCUCGGCCCACGCGCCCGAGGUGUGCGCGCGCAGCAUCGCCGAGGUGCGCGAGCCGGCCCGGACCGCGUUCGCCCGCGGCCCGGCCAACAUCAAGGUCCUCGCGCUCGUCACGCCGAUCCUCGGGCGCACCGAGGACGAGGCCCGCGCCAAGCUGGCCGAGUACCGCAGGUACGCCUCGCACGAGGGCGCCCUCGCUCUGUUCGGCGGCUGGACGGGCAUCGAUCUGAGUAAAUACGGGGAGGAUGAGGAGCUGAGACAGGUCGAGAGCAAUGCUGUGCGAUCAACUGUCGAGGGCUAUGCUAGAUUUGCCCCGGGUACUUCCAAGUGGACGAGGCAGACAGUUGCGGAGCACGUCGCUAUCGGCGGCAACGGCCCAAUCUUCGUGGGGACUCCCUCGCAAGUGGCUGAUGGACUCGAAGUCUGGGUCAACGAGGCGGACGUUGACGGGUUCAACUUCGCAUACGCAUUAUUCCCACAGUCGUUCAAGGACAUCAUUGAGCUCCUACUUCCUGAGCUCCGCCGCCGAGGCCUGUUCUGGGACGAUUAUGCCGUACCCGGAGGGACUUACAGGGAGAACUUCUACCAGAAGCCGGGCCAGGCCGGCCCACUUGACGAGCAUAUCGUUUCGUCGUAUAGGUGGAAGGCGGGCGUGCCUCCAGGAGAGCACGUCAUUCCGGAAUAA